GAGGGUGGACUGUGCUGGUAUAAAAAGAAGACGCAGGUCGCUGGGUGUCCUCAGUCAGAGCCGAAGGAAAGGUGGCAGGAUCCAACCCUGGGCCGACACUUCACCGUCUCCUGGCUUGCCUGCCUUGACAGAGUUUUUGGGUGACAGGUGCUCUGACUUGCUCACCCUUCUCCUGAGCACGAGGAAGAGCCAAGAGGAAGAUGUGGCUGUUGGAGAAGAUCCGUGGUUCGGUGGAGAACGGCAGCAACGCCCGGGGCAACGACUCUGCGGAUAAGCAAUCCAAGGGUCCUUUGUACAGUAAUGUCCUGACGCCUGAUAAGAUCCCGGAUUUCUUCAUCCCGCCCAAGCUCUCAACCGUGCCGCCCGAGGCAGAAGGAGCAGAAGGGAAGACCAAACCCAACCUGGGCACCUCAUCUUCGGAGCAGAACCUGUCAGGCCGCAAGCCCCAGCGCAGCCCACGCUUGCCGGCCAAGGCGGCUUCGGAGAGCAAGAACCUCUUAAAAGUUGCCAGUCGGCACAUCAUCCAGAUAGAGAGCGCUGAUGAGUGGAUGUCCGAGGAGGACUUCAGCACCAACGCGGACCCCCAGUCGCAGACGGCCAUGUCGCUGCCCUAUGUGCCCAAGGCCCAGACAUCCUAUGGCUUUGCCACACUCAUGGAAAGCCCCCACACGCGCCGCAAAGAGUCGCUCUUUCACAGCGAGCACACCAGCCUGUGUCCCUCCCAGUCUUCCUCGCCAAGUUCCCAACGGAAGUCUCCCUCAGGAGGGAACAAGACCGAUGGGGAAAGUGGCCACCUCAACCCCUCAGACAUCAGCAUGUCCCUCAUGAAUCCUUACCGCUACUUCAGCGGCGGGGAGAGCGACACCUGCUCGUCGGCCGAGUCCUCUCCGUUCGGUUCCCCUUUGCUCUCGCGAUCGGUGUCCCUUCUCAAGAUCUUCAGCCAGGAAAGCCAGUCCAAAGUCAUCAAACUGAAACACUCCGUGGCCCGUAACAGCUCUCUGUCCACCGACGACAGUUCAGCGGACACCAGCCCCAGCUCCCAGCGGCGCAUGCGCUGCGCCACCCCUCCGGCGGGCAGCGCAGCAGGGGGUGUCCAGCAGCCACCUCUUCCUCCUGUGGAUGCCCAGGACCGGCUUCACAAAGAGCACACCAUCAACUUGAACAAAGGGGGCAGCAUGCGCCUGGCCGUGGAGUACAACCCUUCCAAGGCCCGCCUGCGCAUCCGCGUGGUCACCGCCGAAGACCUCUACGACAAGCACUGUGAUGCCCGGAGCAUCAACUGUUGCGUGGCCCUCUACCUGAAUCCUGGCAAGCUUCAGAAGCAACGGAGUACCAUCAUCAAGAACAGCCGGAACCCCAUCUUUAACGAGGAUUUUUUCUUUGAUGGCUUGGGCAUGGCCAACAUGAAGAAAAUGUCCCUCAAAGUCAAAGUGGUGAACAAAGGCAGCAGUCUCAAACGGGACACGCUGAUGGGCGAGAAGGAGAUCCCGCUACGUUCCUUGAUCCCUCUUUCGUAAACUGGUCUCGAACUCUUGCCGCGCAUGUCUCGUCACCCUCCCGUCCUGCACUCAGUUGGUUUCCCUGUCCGAGAAACGGGAAGGGAUGGGAGGUGGCCCCAAAGGUUGGGCCAACAAUGGUUAAUCACUGUCCUCCCCCAAGCUGUUCUUGUUGCAUGUAGGGGUUGUGGAGGGAUGGGUGCCCACUGUCUGUAGCAUGGCCUCUCCGUGGCUUGUGGGAUGUGGCCUCCGUUUGACGGGCUGGUAGAGCUGUCCCCGGCUUUCGAAAAGGCUGUGAUGUUGACAAGCAACGACAACAGUUCAGAUGGACUCUGUCCAUACAGAAAGCAUGGGGUGGGAGGGAUAGGGCCAGAAUAAGACAGGGAAAUAUUCCUUAAGUAAGGUUUUCUAGGGAGCAGAAACCUGUAUGAGCACCACAAGUGUUUGCUCGGUACUCACUUCUCUGUCUUACAGAGGCAGGUUGGCGAACUUUUUUCCAAUUUGCGUGCGAUUCAGUCCCACCAUCUAGCAAAGUGAUGCAGAAGAAGCUCGCUAGCUCUGAGUCUUCACGGAUACUCCCUCAAUUCGUGCUUCCUGAACCAAUACUUGAGCAGAAAUGUUUUUUUUUCCUGAAUUUCGCCAAAUGACGGUGUUUGAGUUCAGCAAGUGAAAACGUAACAAAAAUUAAUUCUGUUUGGCAAAUCCAUAGAGAAAGCAAGCAUGCAAUGGGCGUAUAAAAUGCACGUAUUAAGAAAAAUGCAUGUGAAGAUUUGUAGGAGUUUUCAUGUAGCUUCAAAAAAAAUUCCAAUGGCAUGAGCAAAAGAUGGGAAAGAAGCAGAUAACAGAAAUCUAGACUGCGGGCUCAAGCGUAUGUUGGUAGUCUCUGACUGCUGUCUGGGAAGUGAGAAGGGGCCAAUUCCAACCUUUUCAAACCCGCAUGCUUGCAUGCA